AUGUCACCAGAUCAAGUAGUGUUAAAGGUUGCUAAACAUCAAAAUGUGCAACCAAAGGAUUUGACAGUCAUUAUUGCGAUUGAUGGAAUGCGAUCAGCAGCAAUUUGUAACCAGGUAAAGGAUGGUGAGGAUAAAGCAUCAAUAUUCUAUUCUCAUAUGACAUCUGGACCAUUUGUGAUGUGGUUUUGUAAAGCAACACAAGGAAUGCCUGUUUUUGUUGACAAUAAUCUUAUUGACAUACUUGUUAGUGAUAUGCGAGUGGAUUGGUUAAACAUCCUUUCUGAAACACAAACUUUGCCAUCAUUGAAAUCCAAACUUCCAAGUAUUUGUCAAAAAUUAUUUGAAGGAAAAAAUGCAAAGAAAAUAACAUUUAAUGAUAUUGCAGAAAAACUUGGAAGAGAUGAAGUUUGGGUCGCAGCAGUAUUUUAUGGACAAGCAAAACCGGAUGAAGAUGAUCUGAAAAAACUUAGUGUCAUAUUGGAUAUUAAAGAAAGCUAUUUAAUUGAUGACCUCGAUAAAUCUUAUUUCCCUACUCGUGGAGGAUUAAUUAAUAUGCCACCGAGUGAUCCAUUUCUCUACCGGUUUUAUGAAAUCUUACAAGUUUAUGGAUAUCCAUUAAAGUCUAUUGUUAAUGAAAAGUUUGGUGAUGGAAUCAUGUCUGCAAUUGAUUUUACUGCGAAUGUUGAUAAGGUUAAAAAAGAAGAUCAAGAGAGAGUAAAGAUCACAUUUGAAGGAAAAUUUUUACCAUACAAGAAAUGGUAG